UUCACCCUUUCACUUCAGGUUGACUAUAUAGACAAGUGAGGACUAAGUGGCUAGGUCGUCCCGGUUGUCUGACUGACCCCUUAUCUUACUAAACAAGCCCCUGAUCCCAACAGCCUCGUGUUGCGGUCCGCAACCCAAUCUUCCUGAUUGCCCCAUCUGACCACUUGCAUUUAUUUAGCCCAUCUUGGCAAUUAUGGAACCCGUUCCGGCCGUGAGUAAUAACAGGCACGAGCCAGUGACUGCUGUUGCCCUCCCCACCCUUGUCAUCUCAGCUGGUCUUCUCUUGUGCUAUGCCGUUUACAGGGGCAUCUACAAUGUCUUUUUCCAUCCUCUGCGCCACUGGCCUGGCCCCUUCUGGGGCGCUGCAUCAGACUUCUUCAAGCUCUGGAUCCUGCACACCAAGCAGGCGCACACGCUCGGCCUGAAGUAUCACGAGAGGUACGGCCCCGUGGUGAGGGCCGCGCCGAACCUCCUGGCGGUCAAUGACCCCCGUCUAUUGCCCGCCAUCUACCACAGGCGUGCCAAUAAGACCGACGUCUACACCACGGGGGUGCUGGGCGACCUCGCCCCGCCCUUCCAGGAGCUGGACUGGCGGGAGCACGCGCGCAAGCGGAAGCGCGUGGCGUCCUCCUUCCUGCUCAGCAACCUGGUCAAGCUCGAGGGCCAGGUCGACGCCCGUGUCCAGGAAUGGACGGCGGCUCUAGCCACGCGCUUCGCCCACUCCGGCGCCAGCAUGGACUUUGCCGCGUGGUCGCAGUGGUUCGCCUACGACAUCAUAUGCCAGCUAUCCUUUGGCGAGCCGCUGGGCUUUGUCCGCGAGGCCCGCGAUGUGUCCAGCCUCAUCAAGAAUUUUCAUGACAUGGCCCCCUUUGCCGCAGUCGUGGGAGCCCUGCCCUGGCUCUGCGCCCCUUUCCUGCAGAGCCCCAUCACCAAGUGGCUGUUCAUGCCCCGCCCCGGGGACAGCUCGGGGACAGGAAAGAUCAUGGCCUUUCGGGAUAAUUUACUGAACGAAAGACUCCGGGAUCCCAAAGCUCACCACAAGGGUGACUUCCUGGACAACAUCCUGGCUGCCAAGAACGAAGAUGGGACGCCCAUCUCAGUCGAGGAGGUCAAGACGGAAUGCUUUGUCCUGAUGGUGGCCGCCUCAGACACGACGGCCGCCUUCUUCUGCGGCUUCGUGCGCUAUGUCCUGCAGACUCCGGGGGUCUACGACAAGCUCAUGGCCGAGAUCGACGACUUUGAGAGGCGCGGUAAGCUAGCGUCGCCGGUGCCCACCUUUGAGGAGAUCAAGGCCAUGCCGUAUCUCGAGGCGUGCCACCGCGAGACCCAACGCUAUCAGCCUUCGACCCCCAUGAUCAUCCCCCGCUACGUCGGCGAGGAGGGACUGCAGCUGUACGGGCGCCGCGUCCCUCCUGGCACGGAGAUCGGGGCGAACCCAUAUGUUGUCCACCGCGACAAGAGCGUCUUUGGUGAGGACGCCGACCUCUUUCGCCCCGAGCGCUGGCUCGAGAGUCCCGAAAGGGCUCAGGAGAUGGACAAAUACCUCCUUACAUGGGGCUAUGGACCACGUAUCUGCCUGGGGAAGAACAUUGCCCUGAUGGAGACGCAUAAACUACUGAUACAGUUCUUCCGUCUUUUCAGGCCCAGUAUCGUCCACCAAGACGAGAAACGGAUUUGGAGACAGGAGAAUCUGGCACUACUUGUUCAUUGGGACUUUUGGGUCAACAUCAAGCCUAGGACGCCUGAAGCGACCCGACAGUGAGGACCUGAACAAAAUGAGAGAGUAAAUAGUACCAGAUAACAUUUUUCACCUCAAAUUCACAAUGUUGAAGCCA